UUGUCGAAUACACCAAUGUAGAAACCGUGUAGAAAUGCCACUUAGAGCCAUGUCCCACGCCACAUCGAAAACUUAUUCCAGAUCAGUAUCGAAUUCCUGAUAUCAAAAACGUCGGAAAAAAAGGCGUGUCAAAAUGUGGUAUAGUUAAUAUGUUGGGAAAGUUAGUUAAUAUGUAGGGAAAGUGUAGUAGGUGUGUAGUUGCCGUGUAAAGACAUUAAUUUAGUGGAAAUGGUUCGGUUUCAUUAGUAUUUGUACGGUAUAUUUUUUUAAAUUUGUGACGUAUUUCGGUUUUGGUAAACAAUCAAAAUAAUCAUGUCUGAAAAAAAGAAGUACAAGAAAAGCUCAUUCCUGCAGAGGGAAGAGAUCCGUAGGGAAAUUGCCCGUGAAUUCGAUUUGCCUGAACGCAAAUCCAAGAUAGCAACAAUUUUGAAGCAGGAGGACCAGGCGUACUGCAUAUGUCGCACUUCCGACUGUUCUAGGUUUAUGAUAGGCUGCGAUGGAUGUGAGGAAUGGUACCAUGGCGAUUGCAUUGGCAUCACGGAGAAGGAGGCAAAACACAUCAAGCAAUACUUCUGUCGACGAUGCAAGCAAGAAAAUCCGGAGCUGCAGACAAUAUUCAGACUGGUGGCCACCGAGCGGGCAGCCGCCUCAAAUGCCGCCUCCACCAGUGGCUCCAACAUUCACGGAUCGGGUCCGCCUGCAUUGGCUCCCCUUCAACCUGCCGCCGCCCAGCCAAAGCGAAAGCAUAGCAAUGCCAAAGAGCCUAAGGCAGGAAAACGUUGCGGCACCUGUGAGGGAUGUCGGCGUCCGAACUGCAAUCAAUGUAAUGCAUGUCGAAUUCGCGUUGGCCACAAGCCGCGCUGCAUCUAUCGGACAUGUGUCGCCCAGGCGGCCGUUGUGUCUGAACCUCAAGCUUCGGUUCCUUCAAGGAAACGAGAAAAGGCCACGGCCAAGGAUCGCAAGAUGAAGGUCGGGAAUCGCGUGGCCAGUCCCGAAGUUUUUCUCAACCCCGAGUUGGAAGGAACGAGGCAGUGUCAUGGCCCCGGCUGUUGCUGCCAGGCGCGACCGCAAAGCAAAUACUGCAGCGAAAAGUGCGGCUUCAAUCUUGCGACCAACCGCAUAUUCCAGGUACUGCCGCAGCGUCUGCAGGAAUGGAACCUAACGCCCUGCCGUGCAGCAGAGGAUAACCGCACGCAGCUUGAGGCCAUUAGAGAUAAGCAAUCGAUGGUCCGCUUCGCUCUCGCCGAGCUCGAGAAGCGUUCGGACGAGCUCAACAUGGUGGUGGAGCGGGCCAAGCACAGCAUCAUAGAAAGACAGACCGCGAACGAUACUGGGGACGUCGAGGAUGAGCAGAGCAUGUAUUGCAUUACCUGUGGCCACGAAAUCCACUCGCGCACCGCAAUCAAGCAUAUGGAGAAGUGCUUCAACAAAUACGAAUCUCAGGCCAGUUUCGGCAGUAUUUUCCAGACCCGCAUGGAGGGCAACAACAUGUUCUGCGACUUUUACAAUCCGGCCAGCAAGACCUACUGCAAGCGACUGCGAGUCCUGUGCCCCGAGCACAGCAAGGAUCCGAAAGUAAACGACACUGACGUCUGCGGCGCUCCCCUCGUCGCCAACGUCUUCGAGCCCACCGGACAGUUCUGUCGUGCUCCAAAGAAGAGUUGCUUCAAGCACUAUGCCUGGGAGAAGAUCCGGCGGGCCGAGAUCGAUCUGGAACGCGUCCGGCAGUGGCUGAAAAUGGACGACCUGAUGGAGCAGGAGCGUGGCUACCGACAGCAGCUCAGCUCUCGGGCCAAUCUCCUUGGCCUCAUGCUUCACUCCACCUACAACCACGAGGUAAUCGACGAGCUGGUCCGUAAGCAGAACGAGCAUCUGGCCGAGUUCGAGAAGAUGCAGCGACGUCAAGCACAUCAGCAGCUGCUGAAGGAGAAGCACCAGAAGCAGGUACAUCAGCACCAAGAACAGCAACAGAAGCAGCAGCAUCCGCAGCAAGAACAGCUACAGAAGCAGCAGGCACCACAAUCCCAAAAUCCUCAGCGACUAAUACUGCUACAACAGCAGCGACAGCAUCAACAGCAGCAACAGCAGCAACAGCUCCAGCUUCAGCACCAACAGCAAUCACAAACGGAGCAAAGGCAAAGGCCCCCUACCAUAUACCAGCAUGAAAGAAGCUAAAGAUCGAAACUGUGUCCGGCUCCAGCCGACACUCCAACUCCAGCGCCUGCACGCCAUCAUUCCCUUCGCUGCAAACGUAAACUCUAGCUAAAAUUUAAUACUUUUUUAAACAAGGUUUUAUAAACAAGGUUCUGUAUCGGCGUCCCUCUGGGCAACCUAUUGACAUUUACUUUUACCGGCAAGCCGCCGUCGUUUCUCUGGAGACUUUCGUGGAAGAAGCAGAUCACGAGCAUAGUCACAGGUUGCUAUGCGUCUGGACAAGGGCCCGCCCAUGUUUGUUUUGUUAUAGAAAACUAAGCAUCAAAUAUGCAUUUAUUGAUAGCAACGUGUCCCAUAACAACCAUAGGUCGGCACUCUUAAAAAUAUCAUUCACUUGCUCAUACUUCAUACUAGAAUAUAAAUGAAUUUAUAGUUAUGUAUUUACAUAUAGAAACAUGAUGGUAUGUACAUAUAUACAAACAUACAAGGCCUAGUAUUGGGGCUGUAAUUAUAUGAAUUAUUAUUCAGCGUUUUAAAAUUAA